GGGUGGUUUUCCAGCCCGACAACGACAGAAACCGAUCUAUUUUACUCACGCGCGAGUAUCACGCCAAAGUAUCGUUCAACAUGAGGGCCCUGAUCUGCCUGGCGCUGAUCUCUGCGGCGUUCGCCGCCGAAGAGAAAACGGUCCAGAAGCGUGGCUUGGUCGGCCUGGGUGACUACGGUGGAUAUGGUGGAUACGCUGGAUACGGCGGACUCGGUGGAUACGGUGGAUACGGUGGAUACGGUGGACACGGUGGAUAUGGUGGAUACGGUGGUCUUGGGCUUGGCCUUAGCGGCUAUGGUGGAUACGGGGGUGGACACGGCGUCGUCGUCAAGGAGAAGGCUGUUGCUGUUCCCGUCGCCGUCCCACAGCCGGUCCCCGUCGAUCGCCCCUACCCUGUUAAGGUUCCAGUUGCCGUCCCGCACGCAGUUCCAGUAGCCGUCCCGGUGCCGCAGCCCUACCCCGUGGUUCAUACCAAGACCAUCGCGGUUCCCGUAGAGAAGCCUGUUCCAGUGCCCGUUAAGGUGCCGGUGACCGUGCCUGCCCCAUACCCCGUGCCUGUCAAGAUCUCCCACCCGGUUGCAGUUCCGGUCGCUCACCCAGUGCCAGUCGCGGUCCCGCAUCCGGUCGUCGUCAAAGAAACGGUCCCCGUUUACGUUAAGGGCGGCUACGGCGGCUACGGCGGCUACGGCGGCUACGGCGGCCACUACUAGAUGAAAUUUUCCUAAGAAAAAAAGUCACAUACACACCACCCUGCUCCAUCGUAACCCUUUUCCCAGCAGCGCAAAAUCCAACACGACGAGCGUCCGUUCAAGAGACGCUUCUUUCGUCGUGUAGUAACUUGAAUUCACGGAAUAAAUCAAUUUUGUAAAUGUUUUCGUAAAGAAA